AUGGAUUCCUACGAUGGAUAUGGAUCUCCCGGAAGGAGCCGUGAGUCGGACUCCUUCGCGGGACGGGGUACAGGGGAUUCGUACAGACGUCGUUCGCCAAGUGAGAUCACAAUCGCAUCCCGUUUGAGAGGGGCGACAAAGACUGACUUUCAACCAGCCUCUCAGGACCGGCGACGGGCACGACCGCGUUCGCGCUCGCCCGUGAUCGACCGCUACGAGCCUUCGGAUCGCCGUUCCCAUCGUGAAGAUUUCUACAACAGCUCUCGAGAUUAUGCUGCCCGAGAGCGCGAGGACCGCCGACGUGCCCCUUCGCCGACUGUGGCUAAUAUCGACCGCUACGUGCCCGGGCAAGAGGGUGGCGGUGGCAAGCGACCUGAUAUCGUCAACCAGCUGCCUGAUCCUCUCGAUCUUGAUUAUCAGGUUGGCUUCAACUUUUUCGCCGAGUGGUGGAGGUUGGAGGCAUCUGUAAACGAGGAAAAGGAGCGUGCCAAGAAUGGCGGUCGUCGAGUGAAGGGAGAACGUGAGGCGCGCGAGGAUCGCGAGAAAGAACGCGCACAAAUCCAGGCUGCCUACGACCAAUACAAAAUCAAUCUACAGAUCCGUCUAGCCAGGCAAUUCGUCCAGCAACACCGGAACGAAGAAUGGUUCAAAGAACGAUAUGUUUCCGAGGUCAGGGAUCCUCUCCGCCAGCGCAUCAUGGCGGUCCGACAAGGUGCAUAUGAGCAAUGGCAACGCGACAUCGAAAACAACCUCUUCAAAGACUUCACCCUGGAAGGCAUCUACAAAAGCGACAGCGACGGUGCCGGUGGGGUCAUCGAAAAGGAGGAAGGCGAGACCACAGCUGCCGCCGAUACCAUGGGCGUGCUUGAUCUGCUUCCCGUCCGUGGUGGAGAUCUACGUGAUGACGCUCUGUCACAGCCAGCUUUGCUGAUCAAGACUCUUGCACCAAAUGUCAGCCGCAGCAAGAUUGAGGACUUCUGCAAGGAGCACCUCGGCGAAGAUCAUGGAGGCUUCAAAGGGCUGAGCCUCAGCGAUCCCAACCCCUCAAAGAAGUUCCACCGCAUGGGAUGGAUCAUGCUGCAUCCUUCCGAAAAUACCAGCACUGUUGAGCGGGGAGACGGGCGUGAUGAAGAGGUCGAGAAUAUGGAUCAAGAUGGAGCGCCGAACGGAGCCGCCUCAACCAGCCCGGCUGAGAAAGCUCUUGAGGCUGUCAAUGACAAAACAAUCUACGACUCUGUCCACGGCGACUUUGUAUGCCACGUGGGAAUCCAUGUUCCCCCUGCUCAACCGCGCAAGAAGGCUCUGUGGGAUUUGUUUUCAGCACCCGAGCGAAUUGAGCGUGACCUCGAGUUGGCUAAGCGACUGGUCUCCAAGCUGGACGCCGAGAUGGAUCCCAAUGUGGAUGGCUUUGGCAAAAUUGAAGAAUACGUGGACGAUCUGCGCGGGAAAGGCGAGCUUCAGCUUCCCGUUACAGGACCCGUCAGUGCUAAGAAGCAAAAUAACGGGCACGGCGACGAAGGAGAGGACGAGGGAGAGGUCGAAGAGGGCGAAGAGAAGGAAACUUUCGAAGACGAUGAUGUCGAUGAUGAAGAACUUGUGGCCAAGAAGAAGAGGUUGGACCUAGCUGUCGAAUAUCUGCGACGUGUUUACAACUUCUGCUUCUUCUGUGUCUUCGAAAGCGACUCUGUUCACGAGCUUGGCCGCAAAUGUCCCGGUGGACACCUUCGUCGGCCUCGUGCCGGUCUCUCCCGCCAGGCCAAGGAAGUGGCCCGAGCCAGCGCUUUCGGCCAGCCAUUCCCGGCCAAGAAGAAGGAGGCUAGCGAGGAAGGAGAAGAACCGUCCUCGCCGGUGCAGGAAAAGCGCGGCGCGCGUCACGGUUCUAAGGCCGAGCAACAGCUGCAGCGUGCUUUCAAUUGGGUGAAGACAUUUGAAGACAAGUUGCUGCAGAUUUUGGAACCUGAGAACGCUGACCUUGCCAAACUCGGCGGCAAGCCCGUCGAAGAGGCUCUUGAGGAUGAACUGCGCAAGUACAUGAAGCGGGAGGAUGAUUCAAAGUAUCGCUGCAAGGCUCCUCAGUGCACUAAGCUUUUCAAGGCCGAAGAGUUCUGGCGUAAGCACGUGGAGAAACGUCAUACGGAGUGGUUCGAGAACAUCAAGAAAGAUCUCGCCCUUGUGAAUGCUUAUGUCCUAGACCCAGCUCGCAUUGCCCCUUCCCGAUCCGAUGCGAACAGCAACGGUCACUUCCCUAUUGGCUCCGGACAAGGUCACACUGGUACUCCUCGUGGUUUCAGUCUUAACAUGCCCUACGGGGCCCAUGGCAACAUGCCUACUUUCCCGGCGGGUGCGAUGCCCGGUAUGAUGGGUGCGCACGCUGGCAACUGGACUGGAAUGGGGCAUGACGGUUUGCACCAACCGGGACCCAUGCGCCGUGGCCCGCACCGCAACAACCGACCCGGUCCAUAUGACCGUCGCCGAUUCAACGGCGCCGGCCGACUGAGCCCUCCUCGCGGCAUGCCCGGCAUGUAUGCAGGUGGUCGUGGUCCGCCAGCUGGCAUCAGCGUUCCCGCCGGCCAUCCUGCUGCCGGAAUGGUCUCCAACCCGUUCCCGGACUCCUCUAACGGUGGCCCCAUGGCGCCUCGCGAGGCCGUCCAGGGUCGCAGUCUGAAGAGCUACGAGGACCUGGAUGCAGUCGACACGUCUGGUAGUGGCGAGCUGCAGUAUUAG